AUGCAAGAGUUGUCAAUCCAAUCCAAGUGUGCUCCCUACAAGACUAACCUCAGUUCCUAUUUGUUUGCUAACAUUAUCAGCAGUGUUACUGAGUUUAAUCUGAAGGAAACUGUUUCUGUUUGUUCUGCAGGAGUGUUUGAUGCUGAAACAGAUGAAGUGAAGUCAGUGAUGGAGGGGGAUUCUGUCACUCUAAACCCUGAUCUUACUCAAAUACAGGGAAUUAUUGAGAUACUGUGGCGGUUUGGAGAUAAAGGUUCAACCAUUGCUCAAAUUGAUGGAAAUAAUAUCUUAUAUGAAGAUUAUGAGUUAUUUAGAGACAGACUGCAGCUGAACCAGACUGGAUCUCUCACCAUCACAAAUGUCAGAACCAGUCACUCUGGACUUUAUCAAGCAGAAAUCAACCACAAAGCUGGAACCUCAGAUCAGAAAUUCAGUGUUACUGUCAAUGAGCCUCCAUCUGUUAUUGCUGGGGCUGAAGCUGAAAUGAAGAGCGUGUCAGUGAAGGAGGGAGAUCCUGUCACUCUUCAUGUUCCUCAACUACAAGGAGAUGAGCUGAUAGUGUGGAGGUUUGGAGAUGAAGGAAAACUCAUAGCUAAAGCUGAUAUAGAGGCCAAGAGCUCACCAUUAUAUGAUACUGAUGGGAGAUUUAGAGACAGACUGCAGCUGAAUGAUCAGACUGGAUCUCUGACCAUCACAAACACCAGAACCACAGACUCUGGACUUUAUACAGCGAAGAUCAGCAGCAACAAACAGACUUCAUACAAGAAAUUCACUGUAACUGUCAGUGUGCGGGUGACUGAGGGAGAUCCUGUCACUCUAAACCCUGAUACUAAAAUACAGACAGCUGAUGAGAUACAGUGGCUGUUUGGAGAUGAAGACACUCUCAUAGCUGAAAUCAAAGGAGAGACCAGAAAGAUUACUACAUAUAGGGGUCCUGAUAUGAUAUUCAUGAACCGACUGAAGCUGGACAAGACGACUGGAUCACUGACCAUCAAGGUUAUCGCAAUUAAACACAAUGGACUCUUCACUCUGAAGAUCAGAAGAGGCAGAAAAACCUUAUACAAAAGAUUCUCUGUUUCUGUCAGAGAGAGGAAUAUAAAUGUGAUGGAGGGAGAUCCUGUCAUUCUAAACCCUGAUAAUGAAAUACAGACAGGCGAUGAGAUAAAAUGGCUAUUUGGAGCUGAAAACACUCUCAUAGUUAAAAUCAAAGGAGAGACCAGAGAGAUGCCUACAUAUGUUGGUCCUGAUGGGAUAUUCAGAGACAGACUGGAGCUGAAGAAGGAGACUGGAUCACUGACCAUCACAAACACUACAACUGAACACACUGGACUUUAUACUCUGAAGAUCAGAAGAGGCAGAAAAACCUUAUACAAAAGAUUCUCUGUUUCUGUCAGAGAGAGGAAGAUAAAAGUGAUGAAGGGAGAAUCUGUCACUCUAAAGCCUGCUACUGAAACACAGACCAGUGAUGGGAUACAGUGGCUGUUUAGAGAUAAAUAUAUGGGGAAUUAUAUGAUAGCUGAAAUCAAAGAAGAGACCAGAGAGAUCUUUACUACAUGUGAUGAUCAUGGUGGGACAUUCAAAGACAGACUGAAGCUGGACAAUGAGACAGGCUCACUGACCAUCACAAACAUCACAAAUGCACACGCUGGACUCUACACUCUGAUUAUCAGAAGAGGCAGAGAAACCUUCUACAAAAGAUUAUUUGUGUAUGUCAGAGAGAGGGAGAUAGAAGUGAUGAAGGGAGAUCCUGUCACUCUAAAGCCUAAUAAUAAAAUAGUGACAGAAGAUGAGAUACAGUGGCUGUUUGGAGAUGAAGAGCAGCAGACUGUCAUAGCUGAAUUAACUGGACAGAAUGGAGAGAUCUUGACAUAUGAUGAAGUUGCUGAUGGGAGUUUCAGAGACAGACUGGAGCUGGACAAGACGACUGGAUCUCUGACCAUCAGAAACACUAGAACUGAACACUCUGGACUCUAUAAACUAGAGAUCACAUCCAGCAGUGGGGUUUCAGACCAGACAUUUUUUGUCACUGUCAAAGAUUACACAGGAAAGCGAGUGAAUGAAUCAGCGACUGUAGAGAUGCCACUGUUGAAUGGAGAGUAUGUGAAUGUAGUGAAUGAGACACUGUUGAAUGUAGAGGAUGUGGAUGUAGUGAAUGAGGAGGAGGGGACGAGUUCACUUUAAUAAUAUAAGACCCGCCCACAAGUGUCAAUCACU